GGGAGAGACUGAGUGGUAGGACUAGAGAGGGAAAAGGGUAAGAGGAGGAACAGGGGGGAGCGCUAGCCCUCCAGCUAUCAGUACCAGUAGGAGGAGAAGAGAGGGUUUGAAGGGGAGGAGAGAGAAAAACAUGAGAGAGAAGGAGGUAGAGCAGAUGCAGACUGAUUGCAUAGGGCUUGAAGGGGAAGGAAGGAAGAGAGGAGACCCUGGCUGCCUCGCUUAGACAGGAAGGUGGAUGUUUUGAAUCUGAGAAGGCCGCAGAGACACAGUGACUGUAGUGACACUUGUAAGAUGUCAUGGCGUCCGACCUACCGAAGCUCCAAGUUUCGAAAUGUCUACGGGAAAGUGGCCAACAGGGAGAACUGCUACGAUGGCAUCCCCAUCACCAAGAACGUCCACGACAACCACUUCUGUGCCGUCAACUCUAAGUUUGUGGCAGUUGUCACAGAGAGCGCCGGCGGGGGGGCUUUCAUCGUUAUACCUGUAUCCCAGUCGGGCCGCCUGGACUCUCAUUACCCCAAAGUCUGCGGCCACCAAGGCAAUGUGCUGGAUAUCAAGUGGAACCCCUUCUUUGAAAACAUCAUAGCAUCCUGCUCGGAGGACACCUCGGUGAGAGUAUGGGAGAUCCCAGAAGGUGGUCUGAGGCGAAACAUGACAGAGGCGGUGCUGGAGCUGUACGGUCACAGCAGACGGGUGGGUCUGAUCGAGUGGCACCCCACCAGCAGCGGCAUCCUGUUCAGUGCUGGCUACGACUACAAGGUCCUGAUCUGGAACCUGGAGAUCGGAGAGCCGGUGAAAAUGAUCGACUGCCACACCGACGUCAUCCUCAGCAUGUCCUUCAACACAGACGGCAGCCUGCUGGCCACCAGCUGCAAAGACAAGAAGCUGCGUGUCAUCGAGCCGCGCUCCGGGACAGUCCUGCAGCAUGCCAAUUGUAAGAACCACCGAGUGAACAGAGUGGUGUUCUUGGGAAACAUGAAGCGACUGCUCACCACAGGGGUUUCUCGCUGGAACACCCGGCAGAUCGCUCUGUGGGAUCAGGAGGAUUUGUCCAUGCCUAUUGUGGAGGAGGACAUAGACGGCCUCUCAGGACUGUUGUUUCCCUUCUAUGAUGCCGACACACACAUGUUGUACCUGGCAGGCAAGGGGGACGGCAACAUCCGCUACUUCGAGAUCACCACAGAGAAGCCAUACUUACAAUACCUAAUGGAGUAUAGGUCCCCGGCCCCUCAGAAAGGUUUAGGAGUGAUGCCAAAGCACGGGCUGGAUGUGGGAUCUUGCGAGGUUUUCCGCUUCUACAAAUUAGUAACCCUGAAGGGUUGGAUUGAACCAGUUUCCAUGAUUGUCCCGCGAAGGUCAGACACAUACCAGGAGGACAUCUACCCCAUGACACCAGGAACAGAACCAGCCCUGUCUGCCAGUGAAUGGCUGAGCGGCAUUAAUAGAGACCCAGUCUUGAUAUCCCUAAAGGAAGGUUACCAGCGUCCAAACCAACUAGUGUUCAAGGCUCCAGUGAAGGAAAAGAAGAGUGUGGUGGUGAAUGGGAUUGACCUGCUGGAGAACGUACCGCCCCGGACCGAGAAUGAGCUCCUGCGGAUGUUCUACAGGCAGCAGGAUGAGUUGCGGCGGCUGAAAGAGGAGUUGACCACCAAGGAUGUGCGAAUACGUCAACUGGAGCUGGAGCUAAACAACCUGAAUAACGUUAGCCCCAACAACGUGUGACCUCUCAGCCUCCUGAACUGACGAAGCUGCUUCCUUUUGCCCCCAAAUCUGACCUCCGACAAGCUUCUGAGCCCCCCCAUCUCUCCCUUUUGAUAUGUCAUAAGUUCAUUCAUGCUGCCCUGCGUAGUGCAUACAGUAAUACGAAACAUGUUCGAUUAUGUCUUAACUGAUGCAAAUACUGGAAUAUUAUAAUUAAUAAGAUAAAUAAUGUAAGCAAGGCAGUGUUCAUGGAUUGCCAGCCCAAGAUGAAAUCAAUGAUCAAUCUUAGAUAUAGGUGAGGUUUUAUCUGUUUUUUGAUAACUUAAUAUUCUUGAUCAAACACACUCUUUUGUGUUAUGAUCAGUUGCUGCAUAUUUUCUGCCAGACCUCCUGUGUGUUUGCCUCUCUAUGCCUAGCCUAUGAUUCAUGUGGUUACACACAGGCAAAGGAGCCUCAACACUCAUCCUCCUAUCAUGACCAAACCAUCAUCUAGUUCUCAUUAUUUGCUGGGGCAAAAACUGGAGGAUAAAAGACUUGCAGUGUCUGGCACUUACUUUUCUUCCCCAAGGCCUUAGACCCUGCUGCAGACACAGAUUGCAGCAAGCUGCUGCUGCAUCCUCUCAAAAUGGCUGAUGUGAAGUCGUUUUGCAAGAUGAGAUGGGCUUUUGCAGUCAUGGAUCCUGUUUUUCCUCAGAGCUGCUUAUCCUUUAUUGCUACUUUCACCCACAACUAUUGCUGGUUAUAAAUGGACUUCACAAUGCUGCUCAACAGCUACUCACAUGCAGUCUUUCUUCCCAAGGAGAGCGGAUAGUACGCUCACUCAAAGUAUUUCUAUUCUUUAUUUAAAAGGUGGGAAAGCAGCAGAGAAGACGGCGAUCCAGAGACGGUGGACUUUUAUAACUACUCCAUGAUAGUCUCAAGGGAGCUUUGCAGGCUUUUGGUUUUUAGGGCUAAUUUUUGAGGAUGGGGGGUAGUGUACAUUUGCUUCUAUUUAUUUGUCAUACUUGACCUUUCUAGCAAAUAACAUGUAUAUUUGUUAAUCCCAUUGUUUUUGUAAGAUGUGGCUGCGCAAGUAAUGAUUGUGACGCUUGAUAGAUUUUGCUGAAUGUUUCUGGUUGAAAUGGUGCAAGAGUUGUGUGAAACUGUACCCUAAACAGUGUUCGGUCUUUGACCCUCAACAUCAUACCUUCAGAUAGGGUAUAAAAAUAUUCUCUUGCCUAUUCCUAACAGUACUAAAGACUGUCAUAAUAGCCAUCCUUUUACAUUUAAACUACAUAUAUCACCAUUACUAAGAUGUGCUAACCUGUAAAUGUGUCAUUUUUCUCUAGAGACUCCAGGUCAUCUUCCUCUCCUUCUCCACAUGUACCACCACAAGACUUAGGCUGAAUUUCAGUUUAUGCCUUUGUUCUACUUCUUCUACUACUUUUUUUUUCUUUUUGUUGCUGCAGUCUGACAUUUAAGAGAAGUGGGGACUGGCUUAGCAUUUGAUUCUAUUGUGUUAACCAGGCUCAAGCAGUUCCAGAAAAAGAUCCUGCCUGACAUUCAUUGUGUUUUUCAAUCCAGUGCCCAUCACAGUCAGACAUGUCUCAUUAUGGAACAAGAAAGGAAUAAGAUAAACAGACUCUAUGCUGGGCAAAUGGUGGAGUUUAUGGAUAGAGAAAGUCAAAAGUAAGUUAAGGAAUGAAGGUCACAACUUGUUUGUUGUGGAACAGGUGUUCCUCACAAUCUGAAAACUAGACGUAGAACCUCUGACUCGUGUGUGGCUAACGUGUACGUUUCUUGCAGGGAAAAAAAGGCUACAGUGAAAGUAGACAGGGAGAGCAGGAUCCAGCAGCAAUGGAUCAUCUGCAGAAGAGAGACAGUUGAAGUUGCAGCAGGAAUUGAGCUUUGUCAGGUGCUUUCGUUAACUACACGAUUUAUUGAAAGGUAGGAAAACAUGAGCGGCUCUUUAUGCCUUUAAAGCUACUGGAUCUCUCUCAGUAGAUUAAACCUGAUUACCUUGUUGGGAGACGAGCCAAUCACAGCAGUGUGUUGCUUAGUUGGGUCUGCUGUAGUACUUGAACAUAUGACAUCUUUCUCUGCUGGAAAGUGCGUCCUGGAUCAGGAGAACAAGUGAAGACUGGAACUGGAUACAUUUGACCAUGUUGCUCGGUUACACAAGGACCACAGACUUCAAAACAUAUAUAAAAGGGAUUUAUUGAAGUGAAUGGGAGGACAAAAAGAAACAAUUUGGCUGAUGACAGUGGAUUUAACAUGGAGUGAAAAAUCACUGAGGUAGGCCAAUUUGACCGUUGGGUAUAAUCAUGAAAGCAAAGUCCAAAUAACUGACUUUUACCAGAGUUUACACUUUGAAACAAUAAAUUUUCAAUGCACA